GUACCAAAACUCAUUUCCGAUACAAACGACCGAUAGGCGAAUUAUGUCAACAAGAGGCAACCGACAUACGCUCACCAUACGGCACAUACAGCAGGAGGACUUCGGCAACUACAGCUGUGUAGCCGAUAACUCACUCGGACGCUCGCGCAAGUACAUGGAGCUGUCUGGGCGCCCGGGCCCAGCUGAAUUCUAUUCACCGAAAUGGGGUCGCUCGUCGGACAGCUACAAUCUGACAUGGAAAAUAGAUAGCUAUCCGCCGCUGCAGGAGGUGCGUCUGCUCUAUCGGCGUGUAUUGAUGAAUGACACAUUCCAACAGCCAGGAAGAUGGCAUGACUUCAUACUGACACCUGAACAUCGUCCCGCAUCGGAGCCACUUACACACAUCAUGUCAUAUACCAUAAAGAAUCUACAUCCUGGCGCUUACUACGAAGCGAUAGUGCAGGCGAAAAAUAGCUACGGUUGGAAUGAGGUCAGCGAUAUCUUUCAAUUUAUCGUCGCCAGCAAUACUAUGGACAUACCGCCGGAGGACGCUGAAGUGGUGGCCAGCUCCAAGUCGCGCAGUAAUUCCGCCGCCACCGGCAGCACGCAAUUGCCAAUGCUCGCGUAUAGCCGAACCAUGGCAUGGUGUGCGCUCUUCGCCAUCGCGGCGAGUUGCCUGCUGCAGCGCAGACAUCWGCGACAAAUUUGCCUCAACGUGGGAUAAGCGAGCGAAACGAACACGCGCCCGCCUCUUAAUGGGAAUGUGUGCAGCUUYGUGGGCGGCAAAUUAAUUUAACGUAAGAAAUGUAAUUCGAUGCUUUUGUUGAUUAUUUAUUUUCAAUUUAAGUGAUAAGCAAAGGGUCUAGUAAAAAAAACAAAAACAAAAAGUUGAAGCAGAAAGAUACCAAUAACGUGGAAAAUGUAGAUUAAGAUAAAGUAAGGAAACAAAUUUAUUGCGAUAAGCAGAAAAACCGCAAAUGAUUGAAAGUAUCAGCAAAAAAAAGAUAUCAAAUUUAAAACCGCAAUUACGUUAUAGUUGCGAGUCAAAAGCUCUUUAAUUAAYUUGUUCAAUGGUUAUUUUUGCGAGACGAGAGGUAACAAACAGCAGGAGCUAAUGUGAAAUUUAAGUCAAAAGGUUCAUUAAUACUAAGCAACUACUAUCGGCUUACGGUUUUCAUUAUUUAAUUAACAAAGUAUAUUUAAAUGUAAAAUACUUUCAGUGUAUAUGAGAUUGAUGAGGCUUUUCAGACUACAGAUUCUUUGCGUCAAUCAGCAACUAAUGCAACWCUGUAUAGAAUUUGCUAAUUGACUUAAUUGGGCAUGCUGUCUGAAACGUAUAAAUAUCACAAGUAUACUUUUUAUAUUGGAGGUCACCACGAAGCUGGAAUACCACAUAUAUGAUUAUUUAUUCUGUUUCUCGCAGAAGAUGWCAGUAUAACAAGAUUUGGUAUUUAAAAAUAUAUUUAAAUAUAACUUUCUUUCUGAAGAGUCAGUAAAAUUAGUUUUGAGAUAGCUGCCUCCGAAAAAUAAACAACAAGUCUGAUGAUUGAAACGUUUGAUGCCACUUAUAGUGAGRAUAGACGUUGCUUGACUAUCUUUGAGUGCACAACGCUAGUAUUGCCCUGCUACUGUCGGUGUAAGUGCUCACUUCCCUGAAAAGGGUGCACUUCGUAACACUACCUCUACCACCAACUUUAUAGCAGCCAAUUCUGCCUAAAAAACACUACGAACGUCAAGUUCGCUAAAGGUAAGAAUGACGUAGAGCUCCUGACAGAAAGCUCGCUGCCAGCAAUGGCUACCGGUGCUAUAUGUAAAAUGGUCAAUUAUUUCAGUUGUCCGCAGGUCACAAGAUAAACCGGACUAUAGUCGCUCUUUGAACAAGUUCAAGCUUCACCACGAGUGCAGCCAUUUCGAGCGCCUUUCACAAGAUAAAUUAACCAUUAAACAGCAAUUACUUGACUACGGUUUCGUAGAGUCAAUACCCGACCUUUGGUGAGAGUUCCCACCCUUUCUUUUUGGCGCCUCUACAGCAGUAUAAGCAAUCGUUGCUUUCUCUACUCUCUCGCUUUAAAUUGGUCUCUUUCUAUCAAGAAUAAGUUCAAGGUAUUUCAUUUUCCAAUUGGUUGAAGACGUGACCUUACGAAAAAGGGGAGAGCUACGUCUGAGCUACUUAUUUCUCCUAGUAAUUUGAGUUUCACUUGGGUUGACGACUAAGCCGCUUCUAUUCGCCAAGUUGGGUAUCACACUGACGUACCCUUCGGUUAGCUCUUGGAUGAUAUUGACAUAUUUCACUUUAAACACGAGAACAUUCACCAAGAUUCAAAGCAUUAGGGAAAGUACCCCGCUCAUUGAGAUGCCCCAGUUAAGCUUCAGGUAUGUCUUUCCGCUACCCCACUUCGCUACGGCCGUUCUGUCGCAAUCAAGACUAUAUAUGAAUUGCUGGAGAAUUUAACCACAAGUCUCUGGUCGUAUAUUGUUGAAAACCCGAUGUUGAUUUCGAGAACAGUGACUAUAGAAAAUUCCUCGUGGAUAAGAGCUCUCUCUGACCAUGAUAGUACAACAGGCAAAGCAGUGUUGCAUGACGUUCUGUUCAUAUAGCCAUAUUGGACACUAAAAAGUUUACUUCUUGGUAUUCUUCAGCGUUAUUUACGAAAUCUGGAUAACUAUCUUCAGAUGUGUCCAUCUGGAUUCUGAAGCUUUUACGCUCCAUAAUUUUUAAAGAACUUCAGGAUUAUAGCUUGAAAUCAGCUAUAUUCUAGCUACAGACCUAUUUCUAGCCAAAGUUCAAGGCUUAUGCAUUGAAACAACUUUUACAGAAGCAUAAAAUCUACAAAUUUUCUUUAAUUUUUCAGCAUUAAAAGUUGUAAAGAAAUUAAAUAUGUUGUUUCACAAUACCUGGCUCAAUUUGCAAAUUUAAGCCAUACGCCGAUCAGUAUAUAUAGUGUUUAAUUUUUUACAUAACUAAUUUAUUUUUUUAUCACAUACGAUAACAAAGCAUUUCAGGCAAUUAUUUAAUUUAGUCAAUUACCAAUUGUGUACACUAAACGACAUGACAUAAUAAAAAUGCUAAUUGACUUAAUUAAACGGCGAUCUGAAAGGCCUGAAAGUAUGCCACAAAAAUUGUAAAUAUAGCGUGUUAAUUUAAGUAAUGAAAAAAGAUUAGAUAGUAGAAACUUGUAAAUAAAAUAAAUUUUAAAAUAAAACAUAUUCCAUAAAGCUAAGGUCACUGAGAUUAUUCCAAAUAGAAUUGGGAGUUUCAAUUUCCGCACACAUGCACACGACUUUUUACGAUUCAAAGAACACCACUUACAUAUACAUAUAUAGAAAUAGAAACAUUAGUAAAAUAAAAUCGAAAAACUCGACGCACACGCAACCAAACACACAUAUAGGAUGGCUUGUGCCUGCGUGUGAGUGGAGUUGGAUAAAAAGCGUACCACCAGCAAACAGAGUUUUAUUGAUAAAAGUAGCAAAAAGGCGACUUUUCCGCUUGUAGACGCAAAUUUAAUGAACUUCUUUGAAAUAGUUUUUACUCAACAAGCUCGUAAUGUAUUUGAAUAAACACUGUAAAUAGCAUUUUAAGUCACCGUAAAUAAAAGCAAAA